AUGCCCCGCUACUACUUGGGCAUGUGUUUUGCGGCGCCCGAAAAACAGCUCUGCACCAUCUACCAGGCGCCCGAUCCGUGGAAGACCUUCCUGGCCGGGGCUGUCCUCCUCCUGGCCCUCGCGGGCACCUUCACCUACACCUGGUCGCAGGACGGCUGGGCCCACCACCCGCUGGUCAAGACCCUGGCCACCUUCGCCCUGCCCCCCCACCCCGGCUGGCGGGCCGUGGCCGCCUCCAUCAAUGCCGAAUUCCGCCGGAUCGACAAGUUCGCCACGGGGCCCCCGGGGGCCCGGCUGAUCGUGACCGACAGCUGGAUCCUCAAGGUCACCACCUACUCCUUGCACGUGGCCCAGCAGCGCGACAUCCAGCUGACCGUCGUAGACGCGAGACAGCAAGAGCUGUUGCCGGACGCCGGCAUGCCGGCUCAGUUCCUGACCAUCCGCGUGGCCAGCGCCAACCCCCAAGUCAAGCCCUUUGACAUCCGGCUCAACUCGUCGGAAUACGGGGACCUGCAGGAAAAACUCCAGGCCCCGAUCCGGAACGCGGCGCAGGUAGUCAUCCAUCAGAGCCUGAGCGACCUGUUCCUGGAGACAUUCAGCACCCUGGUGGAGAGGAACCAGCCUUACCCGCUGCCCAGCAACCAGGAGCUGCACCUGUGCAUCGGCUGCAUGCAGAUCCAGGCCAACGUCAAGCUGCUGAAAAACUGCCGGGAGCCGCAGGAGGGCGAAUGCCAGCCCUGUUUCUGCUACCCCAUGUGGUGCCUCCUCUGCAUGGGCAAAUGGUUCGCCAGCCAGCAGGACCAGCAGCAUCCCGAAACCUGGCUCUCCAGCCACGUGCCUUGUCCCACCUGCCGAGCCAAAUUCUGCAUUUUGGACGUCUGCUUGGUGCAGUGA